GCUCCGUGGCGGUGGGGUUGCUGGGGGCCGGAGUCCCCGGGAGAGCGAUGAGGCCGCCGCCUCCUCCUCCUCCUGCUCCGCUGUGAGAGCGAUGGGCGCCAGCGGCUCCAAGUCCCGGGGGCUGUGGCCGUUCGGGGCCGGCGCGGGGCCUGGCGGGUCGGAGGGGCCGGGCGGGGAGCAGGCGCUGGCCCGGGGCGGCGGUGGCGGCGGCGGCAGGGGCCUCUGCUCGGCUACCCCCUUCGUCUUCACCCGCAGAGGCUCUAUGUAUUAUGAUGAGGAUGGCGACCUUGCCCAUGAGUUUUAUGAGGAGACAAUAGUCACCAAGAAUGGGAGGAAGCGAGCUAAGCUGAAAAGAAUCCAUAAGAACCUGAUACCUCAGGGCAUAGUGAAAUUGGAGCAUCCUCGGAUUCAUGUGGACUUCCCCGUUAUCAUCUGUGAGGUCUGAACCAUGGGGGAAGUAUGAACAGUCACAGUGUGCUCUUAAUGCACCUUACUUGCCCAGUUUUACUGUACCUCAUGUAAACCAUCCUGUGUGGCCACGUGUCCCUACAGAGUGAUGGAUCUGGAGCACAGUUAAACGUUUCACUUUGAAGCAUCUUUACUAGGAGGAAGUAAUACCUGCUGCAGUCUUCAAGCUGGAGAGCAAUCAGGAAUAGCAUUGGCUUGGGAUGUGUGUAGAUAGGACCUUUGUCAGAUGAGAUGUCUCACUUCACUUAGGAACCUGCUCAAAAUUUCCCUCAUUGAGUCCAGCAACAUCCUUCUGGUGGGUGUUAAUUGACAUUUAGUUGUCAGCAGAUUUAAGUGUCUUGAGACCCUAGAGAACCAAACUUCAUCUUUUCCUGACCAGAUAUGCUGUUUGUUGAACACCUUAGUCAAUGUCUGCAAAAGUUGACACUGAAGUUUCUGUUUAUGUGCUGUAGAUGAAUAAAGGUGAGCAGCAAGUUUUUAAGCUUCUCCCUACCUCCUUCUAAAACAUGGCUGAAUACCUAAUGCUUCUUGAGAGGAGCAAGGAGUGGUGACAUCCAGUGCUGCACUUAAGAGGCAAGCUCAAGCUUUCUAAACCAGAUUGAAACUUGAGGUCUCUGCUAAAACAGGUUGCUCUAUGGAGAUCUUAUUCUCUUUGUCACAUCUCCCUAGGGACUUGCACUUUUUUCAUCACAGGCUAUAUCUUUUUCAGUUUUACCAGUCAGAAAAUUCCACUGACUAGCACCCAUGCUGUGGCAGAUCAGAAGAGGCAGUUAGCAGCAGCAAUAUCUGAGCAAUGUAGUUUUUCUGUUUAGAUUUAUUUAGCAGGCCAGUUCAUGGAAGACAUUUGUACAGCGGUGGUUUUGUUUCUAAGUUAUACUCCCUCUGGUGAUCUACAUCCUGUUGAUGUAUGAGAGUGCAGGAUAGGUUUUUUAAAUUUUCUGAUCUAGGUAUAGGUAACACUUAUUUUCUUAGGUUACAUUGUCAACAGUAAAAAAAAUGGUGUUGCUUUGAUCAAGAUGGUUGCCAGCCUGUUCUUGACACCUUUGGCUGUCACACUCUCUCUGCACAUAGUCAUGGAGUUCUUUUAUCUUCCAUUGCAGCCUCUGUCACUGCUUGGAUUGGGUUGGGUAUUGCCUAGUGUGGGAUAAUGUAGCACAAUUUGAAGGUGAAUUGAAGAACCAUGCUCCUUUCCCUCCAGGGGCAUAUAUGUAACUUUUGGAUAAUAGAGCCACAGAGUACCAGAGUGGUAUGCCUGCCUCUUCUUCCCUGUUUUCUUUCUUUAGAACUACAUGCCCAUAAGACCCAAACAGGCAAAAUCCUGUCAUGUCACUCAUAUAAUUUGAAGAGAAUUUCAUAUGCAGUGUACAACAAGGAGACCUUUGCCUGCUUCCCUGUCUUUUCUACCAACCCUUCAGAAUUUGUAUAGAGCUUUAAAACUGGAUUGUGGUUGGCUUUAACUGUAGGAAGUUUGCUCAUUGCACAUCAUACGUAUUUUGUUUGCCAGAGCAUGUCAAUGCCUUUCUGAGCACUUCGGGCAUUUGCUACCUCAACAUUUAAUUUAAUCACCUGGUACAGAAUUCAGCCAGAAGCAUCAAUAAAUCUGGACCUGCAAGGAAGUCAUAUUUAGGCAUUCUAAACCAGACAAGUAAGAGUGUGUAACCUAUGUAACAAUGCUGACAGAGGCUUUUGAAGUCACUGGCUGUCAUCUUCCCCACGUCAGACUGUGGUUCUCGUUUCUAGGUCUUAUCUUUACUGGCCCUGAGGUUCGACUGCUUUGCUAUGCAAAAGCUUUGCUAUGAAUCUGAAAUUCUGGAAUGACACUUAUAAAUGGAGACUUAUAUCACCUGCAGAUAUAGGGCAUCUGUUAUACUUCCACGCACCCACUCCCCAUGCACUGAAACUUACCAUUUGGUUUAGUUUCAGCUAGAUGCUGCUGCUGCUGGUCAAAUGACAUCAUUAUCCUUUAGCAGGAAAGGAAAUUUUCACUGCCAUGAAACAAGAGCAUGCCCGGGAUAGAGGUAUGUUUACAACUCUCCUUGGCAGAUGGAGUAUUGUGUUGCACAGUGAGCUGUGAUCUCAAAUCAAGGGCACUAAAACUUGCUUAUUCUUGAGCAGUAUAGCUGAAAAGGGCAGAAACUGCGGUUCAGUGCGCUUGCUCCAUAGCUAGUUGAGAAGAAGCAGUUUCUUUAUGUGGAGUGAUGUAGAUAUUCUACACUCCUUUUUGCCUGAGACUGGAGUAAUGAAGUAUCCUGAGGCUGAAAGGCUCACUACUAAUGCCCUUCCCCCUUAUCUACAUCUCUUAAAAGAAUUGAUUUAUGGUUUUUCCCCCCUUGGCUGCCUUCUUUCUGACCAAGCAGAUAGUGUGUGAUCAAAAAAAAUACUGUGUGAUGUUGGCUCACCACUUCCCGUGCUUUGGCACAUUCGGCUGGGAACUGGGGUGUAAAUGGAGUCUCUGCCCAGCAGAAGCUUCAUUUCUGUUUGGCUUAAAAUCUCCUAAGAGGUGGCAGACUCCCUGGAGCUAACCAGCAGCUGCUCUCAGGCCAAUUCUCUCAAAGGCUGGCUUGCCCACUGGGACUGCAGCUGUGCAAUUAGACUGCUUGAUUCUACGAUCCCUUUGAUGCUGUUUGUAUCACUGCACUUUCUGGAAGCCCUGCUCCUUUGCAGAGCAGCACCUGUUGUCAGGGAGAGGGCUUGUGGAGACUGGCUUUAUACAGGACAAUGCUGAUAAUGUGAAAGCUUGUGUAAAUAAUAUACAUAUAUAUAUAUAUUAUCACAAUUGUUGAAAAAAGCAAAAAGUUAUAUUUCCUUUUUUUAUGAUUCUUCUGUGCAAAUAUGGUUGUGUAGAAGACCUGAACCCACUAGCACUACACCUCCUGUUCUUGUAGCAUAAGUCCGAAACAAAUAUGUAUAAUAUUUAUGGUUUGUUUCCUCUGCCUUGAAGUGCAUUUGUUGAAUUUUGUUAAAUUUCAAUAAAAUUAUUUGUAAGUCCCAGAA